AUGGUCAAGCGCUCACGCAACUCUUCGGUCGCUUCUUCCGAGGCUGAGACAAACUCUUUGCGAGAAGAAUUCGAAUCUCCUCGUCCUGCAAAACUCAGCACUUGCGAAACGUCGCCAUUUCAAGCUGCCAUGCAAUGUUCAUUGCCGCCUCAUCGAGAUGCACUUGAGUUUGCUACUGUUGAGGAUUUUGAGACUCACUAUGCCAAAGAUCAUGCCAAUCGUUGCACAUCGUGCGGCAAGAACUUCCCUACUGCUCACUUCUUAGCCCUGCAUAUUGACGAGCAUCACAAUACAUUUCGUGAAGCUCUGCAAGCCAAAGGUGAGAAGACUUACGCUUGUUUCGUCGAAGACUGUGACAGAAAAUGCUCGACACCGCAGAAGAGACGCCUGCAUCUGAUUGACAAGCAUCUUUUCCCGAAGGUCUACAACUUUCAAAUUGUCGACGUUGGCAUAGACAAAUCGACCUCUAUGCUGCGGGAAGGGCGUCGGAGGAGAGUUUCCACUGCUACCGACCAAGCACAGCCAAACAGCCAUCAACGACGGCAAACAAAGACCGAACACAAGACGACAAGCAAGCAUGAUCCUGUUCCUGUGGCAUUGGAGGAGGACAACGGGAGAAGCGUCAAGGGAACACAACGAGAAACAAAUGCAUCGAAUCUCAAAUCGGACAUCAGUGUCUCGGAUGCUGCCAUCAAUGAUCUCGAAGUAUCCAUGGCAUCGCUACGAUUUGUGCCGCCCAGUGUUGCAAAGAAGCAACGCAACAAAGGCAGAUCCGGGUCCUGA